CAUUAUUAAUCAAUGCCAGUUUAAGGUUACAUAUUAAAAUGCAAUAAUUCAAAUUUUAAAAGCAGGACAUUUUUCGUUGAAGUAUUAUCGUUAUUUUAUUAGAUUAUUACCUACUCAAAGUAGUGUUUAGUUUGACAAGAUUUAAAUUUACUACUACAGCGGUGUGCCAAAAGAAAAUAAACACUUAUUACUAUUUGAAUUAACUAUUAUGGGAGUAGCUGGAUCUCGUUUUACAAAGCAUAUGCGAAGGUUUAACGUAAUCGAACGGACAGAACGAGUUAUAAACAAAGAUAAACCUAUACCAGCGCCACUGCAUAAAGCAGAUGCUGAGCGUCUUAAAUACCUCCUUGAUAAUGAUCCACAAUUAAAGGAAGAGCUAAAGAACAAAAAUUCAACUCUUGGAAAAAAUUUAGAAAGUGUUUAUGUCACAUCUAAAGGUGAUUUACCCGAUGUAUACCCACAAUCUAAAAUCAAGUUACCACAAAAUCGAAUGCAAGAAUUUAAUUCACCAUUCUCAUGUGAAGAACCAGAAAAUGUUCCACCAGGACGGUAUACACUUACACAAAUUACUGAAUGUAUAGCUGAUCAUUAUAAAGACAAACAAAUUUACACAUCACAAGCUCUAGCUGAUCGAGUUAAAAUUGAUAAGAAAUUAAUGGAUAAUAUACUAAAAUACUAUAGGGUAUUUGAUAUGUAUGUUCCUGAAAAAAUGAUGGAAAAGAAGACAAAAAGUAAAUUUUUCAUUAGUAGUGCAAUCGACAAGAUUAGAGAGAACUUAGAAAUAGAUAAAUAUCAGGAGGAACGAAAACAGAUUGGUAAAGAUUAAAAUGCACUAAAGAAUAUUGUUAGUCAGGUGCCUAUUAUCACAUAAUAUAAUUUCUCUGUUGUAAAAAUUAUUAAGUUUGAUGAUAAAAGUACUUUAUUGUUCUAUGCUGAUUCUCAUGUUAUAUAUUUUUUAAUAAAAUGAAAAGUAUUAUGCAUUACUGAAGAGAGUACUGCAUGACAUAAUAUCAUGUUACAAA